AUGGGAUGUUAUCAAGAUGAAAUUAUGCAAGAUCGUGUUGGAAAAAAACCUAUUACUGUGCAUCUUUUUGAAUAUACUACACAAUUAAUAGUCGAUAAUGAUUUUAAUGUUCAAGGAAAAAACAAUAAUAUUCCACCAGUUCAG